GUAUCAUCUCUAACAGCGCCGCUGAUAAUGAGCAACAGCGACGGUUCGGUUCGGUUUUACUGCACCGCGGGCGCCGGUAUGGAAUCGUUUCUGCUGGACGAAGUGAAGCACAAACUGAACGCUACAGAGACGGAACACAUCCCCGGAAGAGUGUUUUUUCGCUGCCACUCAAAUCUACAUGAUGUGUUGCAACUCAAAUCGGCAGAGAGGCUCUUCCUGCUUCUGCGUAAAGCUCCGCCCACUUCCUUACCCACAAAUCCAGGUGUGCAGCUCACAUCACACACCUUUACUUAAAGCAAAAGCAGCAAGUGUGAUACAGCAGAGGAUUGUGGGAAAUCCAGAGGAGUGGAGUGGCACAGUGUCCACCUGGACCCUGCUGCAGGCGGAGUUAAACGGCUCAGGGGGGCGGGGCCAGAAGAGGAAGCGAGAGGAGGAAGAGGAGAGUUUAAAUCAUCCUACGUUUAGAGUGAGCUGCCGCUGUAGUGGAAUCAUCGCUCGCUCUUAUAACUCCCAGACCCUGAAUCGUAUCAUUGGGAUGGCCAUCAAUCGACAGCUUGGAUGGAAAGCUGACCUUCGUGAUCCAACUGUUGAGGUGAAUGUGUAUUUAAGUGAUGAUCACUGUGUAGUUGGCAUUCCUCUGUUGAGGCAGCCUCUAGCCAGUCGCACUUAUCUGAAGCACACCGGACUCAGGUCCACUAUAGCCUGGGCCAUGGCGUCUCUCUGUAAUCUUCAGGAGGCUUCGAUAGUUUUAGACCCCAUGUGUGGAGUUGGCACCAUAUUGCUGGAGGCAGCGCAGGAGAGUCCGAGUGGUGUGUUUAUAGGGAUGGACAGUGAGGAAGCUCAGUUACACAAAGCUGUACAGAAUGUACAAGCCGCUGGUCAGGAGGAGAGAGUUCUGUUACUCCAGGCCUCCUGCAUGGCGACGCCGCUGACUGCGGCUUCUGUAGACGUGGUGGUGUGUGACGUUCCCUUCGGCAGGAAGUUCAGCUGCGGCGUCGACAUGACGACUGCGCUUCCGCACAUUCUAGCUGAGAUGGAGAGAGUUCUCCGUGACGGUGGAACCCUGGUUCUCCUGCUCAGUCUGCAACUUUCAGUCCUGAUUAAGAAACUCAUAAAAUCGGACACGUCGGACCCGCAGUCGCGAUCGGACGAAGACCCUCGCGCCACGGAGACGGACGCGGGCAGCCGUGACACGGAAAAAUCCACGUUUGGUUCUCUGCUCCUACAGAGCAAACACAGAGUGAGCCUCGGGAGCACCGACGCUCUCAUACACACCUACACGAAGAGACACGUGACGUAGCAAGGGUGUGUAUGUGUAGAGCACCUUCAGUACGUUCACCUACAGCUCUCUGAAAAAAAGUUUUUUCACUUUGGUGCUUUUGAAAAAGUCACAGAUUCCCCUUGGCUAUGCUUCAUGGAACCCUGGGCGUCCCUGGAGAACCACGCGGAGAACCAAUGCGCUGGUGUACAUAUUUUUUACCUUUUAAAAAUUCAUGAAUGAAACAAAAUUGUUGUUUCGAGACUUGAAAAAAAAGGACCUAGAUUUUGUUCAUUGCAACAUGUAGGGUGUCAAAACUUAUUCCUUACCCCGUGUGCUGCCCUUAUAAAGGACGUACGACGCUACGAUCAUGGUUGACUCAUCUGUAUGGAU